AUGGCGCUUGACAAGGCUGGUCAAGUUAGAUGAGAGCAUUUAUUCCAAAGUGCUUCGUCACCCUCCGAGUAGCCAUUUGGAUUGUCUACCUUCUGCUCUUCCUGUUCGUGAGGGGUCGGUUCCUAAUACUGACUUAACCUUACUCGUAAGAUGCAUAAUACAAAAAUGGGCAAGGUCCAGCUCUGAUUGAGAAAUGUACCCAUCUUGCCGAGGAUGCUGUUCCCAGUCCCUAUUUCUGCUGACUGGUCAAGCGCGAAUGGUGAAUUGGGGAUUGAGGAACUGCAAGUCGUUGGUGGGCCCGAAUCUCGAGAUUGUUGCGAUAUCGGUGUGUAUGGAUGAAUAAAUGUAUGUUGCUAAUAUUUAUCCCCAAAACCUACUACAGAUUUCAAAGCAAAAAAAACCAAAUCUCACAGAUCCUGAUCGCGGGAAAGAUGAGACCUCAAUUCCAUCUCCCCUUUACGGUAAAGCGCAACGUGGAACUCGACAUGGCAAACCGACAGGAAACUUCUUAGGCGCCAGUCCGGGUCUCACGAAUUCUCGGCCUCCGCCCGCUUCCACGCCGACGAUGCCAUACCCGACAAAGGAAAAUUUGGCAGUGACCCCGACAUCCGCGGCGGGCACAAGCACCUACCCAUCCUGCUGCAGUCGUGGAGACACGGCGGGUAACUUGAUGGACGCAGAGGCCCGAUAG